AUGUUUGUCACGUCAUUUUUUUCACACGUUUCUUUUCGUGGCUCUCGAACGCUCAUAUCAAAUAUCCUGAUAGAUACAUUGUUUAGAGAGAAACUCCGUGCGCUAAACAACAUCUGCCAGAAGAAGAAGAGAGCGACGAGAAUAACAACAAAAACAACAAUGAUUCAGACGAUUCAGACGAUUCAGACGAGUUCUUCGCGAGUCGUGAGAGGAGGAGGCGUUUUUUCCAAACAACAAUCCAAACAACAACACCGACGACGACAAAAAAGCAUCAUCGUCACGAAAGCAGCGACGGAUGAUGAUGACACUACUACUAAAGAAGAAACAGAGGAUGAGUUCGAGGCGAAACUCGGCGCUUUGAGAGGAAAACGAUCGAAACGAUCCAAAGGAAACGACGACGAAGUGUCCAUGGUGACCGGUUUACCGAAAACGCAGACGAAAAGUUCUUCAUCGAGACUUCCCGGCGUGAGAGAUUUCAUGUCCGAUUUCACCGAGGAACCGAAAACGAAAGACUGGGGACCAGAGCAGAUUUUAUACGAAGGCCCGCCAGCUCGAGGAGAAGUCGUGGCGAACGUGUUGAUGUCUUGGACGGUGGUUUGGUUACCGCUGACGAUUCAAGCCGCGGGGAGAGCGCUGUGGGCGUCGUAUAAGAUUACGGAUAAGAGAGUGUGCGUCAUAUCGAACUCGCCGUUGCGAAAGGAACGCACGGACGUGCCGAUGGAUCAGAUUAAGGACGUCAUUUCGAUCGGGAGAGGUAUUGGCGCGUGGGGGGACAUGGUGAUUACUUUACGAAACGACGAGAAGGUUGAGUUGAGAAGUUUGCCGAAUUUUAAAGAGUUGGAAGGGGAAAUUAAGCAAAGAAUGUACAAGGAAAAACCGAUUGAGUUUUAA